UGAUACGAUUCUUUUUCUGCUAUUGUUCUCUCUCGAUUGUAACUUUUGUGUGCCGCAAAAUUAAUAUUUUACAGCAUUAUUAAACUUUAUUAACUUAAUAAGUUAAUACGUAGUGAAAAUGACGACUAAAAACGUCCCAUCAUUAGACACAAGAGCUGAUCUAGCAGAUCUUGUGAAGAGGAAAGCAGACAUAGCUGAAACUUUGGCCAACUUGGAACGCCAAAUCUAUGCGUUUGAAGGCAGUUAUCUUGAAGAUACCCAGUUGUAUGGAAACAUCAUCAGGGGCUGGGACCGAUACCUGGUAUCAAAUAAGAACACUAACAGUAAAGCCGAUAAGAGAAACAGAAAAUUCAAAGAAGCUGAAAGACUCUUCUCAAAAUCUUCUAUAACAUCGAAUGCUGCUGUUAGCGGGCUUGUGGAACCAUCAGAAAAAGGGGAACCCAACAGCGAGAGCGAGUCACAGACUGGUAACAGUGGAAGUGAAGACAACGUACUGCCUUUGGGACCUGCAAAAGACACUGGGAAAAACAACACUACGCCAUCUGUCAACGGACCUAUGACACCUAACUCUAUGAACAUUGUACCAGGCUCGCCAACUUCAAGCAAAGAGGCUAAAAACAAGAUGCCUGUUUCUAAGAAGACGCCAACCAACAAGAAGGCCAGGCAACGAUAAACGUCCAGGGAUCAAGACUGAAAAGUUAUCAACAUUGUAGAGAGUUUGAUGGAACAAAUGUUGUAAUGUAUUUUGUCUUAGUUAUUAUUUAUAUAUUUUUAGGAGAAAACCAGUAUUCUUUGAGAUGACAAUUAUUGCUUCUAUUGCAUUGAUGUUAUAAGUGUUUAAUGUCUUUUAUUUAUUUUACAGCUUUUUAAAUCAUUUAAAAUAUACAACUGCAGUAUUGUUUUAUUUACAGGUAUACAGUAUGAAAUAAUUCUGUUUUGUCUUACAUUGUGGUGCUUACCUUCUACGCCUUAAUGAUUUGACUUAAUGCUGGAUGGAUAUGUGUUCUAAUUACAUUUUGGAAAUUGUAGAAAUAUUUGUACUUAUUAAAGUAGUUUGAUUCGAUUUUUAGAGAAACAUAUUUAAUUCAGAUUUAAAAUAUAGUUUUUUAUAUGUGAUAUUUAACUUUUAAAUGUAGGUCUCGUAGUAAUAAUUAGUUGUCAUUUUUGUAAAGCUGUGAUGAAAUAUACA